CUCGGCGAGACGAAACCGACGUCGUCGGCAACGCGAGUAUGGCCUCCGAGUUCUUCAUCGUGCGCUCCGAGUACGGUGUCAAAGACACUCAGCGCUACAAACCCAAGCCCAAGGCGUUGCCGCCAACGGACGUCGACGACGUUCGCGACGACCGGACGCUCCUGACGCACUACACGCCGACCCAUCUCAACCGGAUCGGGUCCACGCCUGUAUUGCCGCUACAGAGUGCGCCGGGGACCCACGCCUUUAGCUCGUCCAAGAAACGCCUCUUUCCGUCGUCGUCGCCAAAGCUGACGCCGCUCACACCACCGCAAAUGAGCAGCGAAAAGGCCAGCAGUGCGCUUGACAAGCAAGUGCAGAGCCUGCAAGCGACGAUACUGCACCUCGAAAAGGAGCUUUCAGACGCUCACCGGACGCUUCAGAAAGAGCGCAAGCACAAGACGCAGCUUGUCGCCGAGAAUGCGGCGCUGCGCGAACACGUCGACGCGCUCACGCAGCGCGUGGCCGACGAGCGCGAAAUCACGACGCACCAGAAGAAGGCGUUUGCCAAGCUCUCGCAAAAGUACGUGAGCGUCAACGAGUCGUUCCAUAAGCUCGCGUCGGCGCCGAGCCAUGAGACCAUCAAGACGGUGCUGGCGACGCUCGCGCGGGAAAACCAGGAGCACGAGCGGCGGGUCCGCGUCCUCGAGGCGCAGCACGCCGACGACAAGAAGAGCCUCGCGAAUGCGGAGAAGCGCGUCAAGCUCGUGAAAGCCGAGCUCGAGGCCAUUGAACACAUGCAAAUGACGCAGCAGGCGCCGUCGACCGACCUCACGGACGCCAAGUCGAACAUCCAUGCGAUGGAUCUCAGCGACGUGGGCAACCUCGCGCCCGACGACGCGUCGCGGACCGUGGCGGCCAUGAUCGAGCACUACAUUGACCCGAACUUAAUGCGGAUCUUGCACAAGGUGGACUCGCAGUUUAGCAUCUCGAACGCCAUCAACCUCUCGACGACCAUGAAACGAUGGCUGCAUGCGUGCCAGAGCAUCCACGUAUCCUUGGACAUUGGCGUCGUCCUCGAAGAGCUCCUCAAGAAGGUCGUCUCGGUGCUGCAGUGCGAGCACGCGGCCCUCUUCCAGCUCCACGGAAAAAAGCUCAUUUGCCGCUGCACCAACUUUGGCGUCACCAACUUGGAGAUUCCGGCCGACAAGGGCAUUGUGAGCUACGUGCUGUCGUCCAAAACACCGUGCAAUCUCGCUAGUGCCUACGACGACCCGCGCUUCUACAGCCCCCAGGACAACGUCACAGGCAUUACGACCCGCGACAUUGUGUGCGUUCCGAUUCUCGACGGCCGGCACGACGUGCUCGCAGUGCUUCGGGCGUGCAAUACGACCCACUACAAGGGGUUUUCGCCCAACGACGAGAUUGUGCUCUCGCUCUUUGCAGUCCAAGCUGGCAUUCUUCUCGAGCAAUUUCAGAUGGACGACAAGCUGCAGGCGUCGCAGACGAAGCUCCUUCGCCUGCACGAGAUGCCACGGCCGCUCGUGUCGGAGAGCGUUCCGUCGCUAGCGAGCAUGAGCUUAAUUCGGUUCGUUCUUGCCACAGAGCGCAAGUUCCACGACAUUCUCGGCGCGACCAAGUUCAAGAUGUUUGUGCUGGACGAUGGCCCCGAGAGUAGCUCCAGCAGCACCAACGGCAGCGCCACGGCCAUGAUGUGGUGCGUGGGCACGACGCUCGACCCGAGCUGCGACACCAAGCACUUUCGUCAGUACUACAAACUCUCGUCCGGUCUCUGCGGCGUCGCCAUCGCGCACCCUCGGGGGCUCACGGUGCCAACGCCGUUCGCACACCCCAAGUACAACGGCGCAGUCGACUUGAACAACCUCGCCCACGGACUGUACGUCGUUCCGAUCACGUCGUACUGGGGCAAGCUCCUCGGCGUGCUGCAAGUCGCUCGGUCGGCGACAUUGGCCCAAGGCCCGAAGCGCGAAGUCGCGCAGCAGCAAAGCGCGGACGACGACUUGCGUCUCCACUUGCUUUGCAUCUUUGCCCAGACCGUUGCGCUUGCGCUGUGAGUAGGACACUCAUACCGCGUUGUAGAUUGCGGGCAUUUUGCACCAGAUCAUGGCCCACGAGCUCUACGACGCGUGCUCGACAGAGAUCAAGACGGCGCGCUGGGGGGCGCUCGAAACGACGCUGAACGACGCGUUGCCACCUCCCGAGUCCCGAAAAGCGAGCACAGAGCUAACGACGGACGAAGCGAGGCGCAUGCGUGAGUUUGUCGAGAAGGCUGGACUUCCUUUCCACGAAAGUACGCCGACGCGGCGGCGGCCAUCCGCGACCAAGACACCAGAAAAGCCAAUGAUAGCGCCCGAGGAGAACGGACUACGGAUCACAGGACACGCCAACGAGACACUAGCUUCGGCGUCGACCGAGGAGCGGACAACGACGGCGGUCGUCAAAAAGUCCAACGCGGAAAACCGACGUCGAUCCAGCGUCAGUGCGACGGCAUCGUCGUCCAUGCCUGUGAUAGUCGAAGACCGGCGACAGUCCAUGUCCGAGCCAACUGGCACCGCGACAGCCCACGAGUUUUCGCCACCAUCGUCGCCGUUGGUGGCCGUUGCAGGUCGAGACGUUUGCACACCCGUGCUGACACCAUCGCAAUUCACAUCCUCAAGGACGCCCCCCGCGCACCUCGACCACACGGAACGCCCGGCGACUCCUGCACACCCAGCCACUACCGCGCAACUCGUGACUCCGACUCACGAAGCAGCUGCCACGGAUACGAUGGCUCCUGGGCAGCCCAUGCAUCCCGCAACACCUGUGGCCCAAGAGCAUGACGCACCCACAAGACCCGCAACGGCUACUGACGCUGACAGCCCAGUAGUGUCAGAGCACACCACCACCAACACAUCACCGGUCUUGCGACCCUCCAGCGUCGCAGACACCGACGGUCCAGUGGUGUCCAAACCCCCAAAUGUCACCGAGGACCCAGCAGUGUCAAGACCCCCAACUGCCAAGAACACCGAGGUCCCAGUGGUCUCAGAUACACCAACGACCACAGACCCCGAUGGCCAAAAGGCAUCUACAACGACCUCGAGCAAUGACACCUCUCUCGUCUCGGAGUCCCAAGCGGUCGACGUGCCCGUCGUGUCCAGGCCACCAACGGCCACCGACGUCGCGGGAAUCGCGCCCGACGAGCCAGCAGCCAUGUACGAAGAGAGAGCCUCAGAUCAUGAUGGUGACGGUGCGCUUGUGCUCGAGUACGUCGACGACCCAACGCUACCACCGGGGUGGACCGCCAUCCGACAUGGCGAGCACAUUUACUACGAGGAGCCAUCAACGGGGACGCAGACGUGGACGCACCCCACUGCGGCCUCCAGUCUCGCGCUCUAGGUUGUUUGUGCAUAAAUGUCCAUAGUCGUUUUCAGAAAAAGGAGUCUAAAUACGAUUAGUCACUUAUUCACGCA